AAAGCAAAGCACCAGCUAAAGUCCAAUGACUACAACAGGAAAGUGUUCCAAACUUCCUAUUUAAGAACACGCCAAUCUAAACGGUUACGUCCACCAUUUCAUUGUCCGAAUUCUGUCGGAUGAAAUGAAUUUGACAGGGGGGCAAGGGAUCCUGGGAGGCGGUUUGGCCAGUUCCUUCCUUGGAGACGUAGCCUCCGGUGCCUGGGAUUUGUUGGCUGCCUCCCAACUGAGGACAAAUCAGAUGAGCUUGGCUUCCAAGAGCACACAGGAUCCGGUGCCUUUGGGGUAUCUGACUCACUAGAAAAGGCAAAGUAGAUGGCAGGAGGAAAAGAGUUUGCAAGACCUGAGCUGGGCUGGAAACCAUGCUUGCAACACGGAUCAAACCAGGCAGUGUUUAAUCCAGCUUCCAUGUUCAGACAUAGCAUGAAACAGGAGCAAACCGGGUUAAGUUUAGCUCUUGGCGUUGCAAGCUCUCACUCCAUGGCUCCCAGAUUUCCCAGGGGCUGCUAUUUCCCAGGUGCGCAAUGUGGGCAUGUGGGAGUGAGCCAACCUGAGUCUUCCACUUCAUGAAGGAACUUGUGGCGGUGCCUUCCUCCUCUCCCUUCCUUUUAAGGCUGGUCCACGGGGCUCUUUUGCGUCCGUCCGCUGGCCUUUGUUAGCACAAGAAGUCCUGGCCGGCCAAGAAUUUUUUAAAGAGGUCUGCUUGAGACGCAGGAGGAGCGGAGGGAGGAAUUUAUGCACUCAGAGAGCAAUGCUUCACCUUAUGCGCAUCUUUGCAUCAUGUCUGAGUUAUGCAUGGAGUUAGGAGCGACCGUCUGUUUAAUUUCAUCACUCCUUACGCCAGCGGAUUGGGGUUUCAGUAUUCAUUUGACAGCAGAGUCCCUCAUCCAUGCCGCAGAACAUCACGCACCUGCGUCAGAGAAUCGUGUGCCGUGCCUUUUGACGGAGGGCCCUUUGAACCGGAUAGUCCAUGGAAAGACAUUUUUCUGGGGCACCCUUCCUCCAAUUUGGGUCCCUCCGGAUGGCUUGGAUGCCCAUCAGCCCAGGGUGCAAAAGGCUGGGAAUGAUGGGUGUUGCAGUGGAGGCACCCUGGCCCCAGCCCCAGCCCCAGAUGAAGCCAAUGCCUCGGGGUCAAGGUGGCCCAGAAGAGACUGUUCCUGGAGGACAAGGUCUGCGUUCUUCCCCAAAGCACCCCUGGCUUCCUCCUCCUCCUCCUCCUCCUGCUGGGCUUUGCUGGCUGAGUCAUCUGACCUUUCUCCUUCUUGGGUUGGUUCUCCUGACUGAAAAAAAGACACUUCCUGGACUCCAAACACAAGCAGGGACUUUCGCUUUGCCGCUUGGCUUUCCACCCCAAAAAGAGGUCUCUUUGUCUCUCCCAAGAACCCCGAGAGUGAGUCCCUUCCGGAUUUCCAGGAAGAACAAACAUCAGCGGCCAGACUGUUUGCGGAUGCAAGUUUGCUGCUCUCGCCUUUUCCUCCUUCCUGCAUUUCGCCUUUGGUACCAUGUGGGCCACCUGCUGCAACUGGUUCUGCCUGAACGGGCAGCCGGAGGACUUGCCCCAUCGGCCGGCGUCGGCCACCCGCGCCUACGCCAACGCCGGUUACACCUCCUUCCCUUCUCCCACCGGCCCUGAGGCCACCUGCAAGGCCUGCGAGACACGCUUCCCCAGCACCUCCCUCAAGAACGUCUGCCUGGACUGCAAGAACACCUUCUGCGCGGCCUGUGCGCACCAGCCUGAGAGCGGCCCUUGCCUCUGCCACCUCUGCCACCGGGUCCGGGCCACAGACUUCUGUUGGGAAGAGCUGAUGAAAAUGAAAGUGAAGGACUUGCGGAGUUACCUGGAGCUCAGAGAGAUCUCCACCGCCAUGUGCUGCGAGAAGGAGGAGCUGGUGUGCCUCAUCAUCAGCAAGCAGCAGCAGCCGCCCCCCGGACCCGAAGGAGACCAGUUGCCACAGGUUCCUCCGCCGACCACGGUCCCGGAGGCCCAGGGCGAGCGCCUGCCUACCCCUGCCACACUGGACUGUCCAAUUGAGCAGGACACGACGGAGCCCACGACGGCGACCAUGGAGGCAGAGGAAGUACCACAGGCCAAUGGGCAUGCAGUACCUGACCAGGACAUGGCGGAAGUAGAUAAUGGAGUGGAGAUGCUGAAUGAGGAUGAGACGCAGUCCACCGACUCGGAGGACAACCAGGUGCCCGGGCGGCGGGCCUCCCUCUCAGACCUGACAAGCGUCCGCGACAUCAGCGCCCUCUCGGUCCGGCAGCUGAAGGAGAUCUUGGCCCGCAACUUUGUCAACUACAAGGGCUGCUGCGAGAAGUGGGAGCUGAUGGAGAGGGUCAUGCGCCUCUACAAGGAGAAGGACCUCCAGCAGCUGGGCAUACUGCUGCAAAAGACCCCAGGCUCAAAGAUUUCCUUCUCUUCUCUCUUUCAGUUUCUGACACAGAUGAUCAAGCUGCUCCGUCAGGUAACGCUCCGCAUCCCUGCAUGGAGGACAACCUCUGCAAGAUCUGCAUGGACUCCGUCAUCGACUGCGUCCUCCUGGAGUGCGGCCACAUGGUCACCUGCACCAAGUGCGGGAAGCGCAUGAACGAGUGCCCCAUCUGCCGGCAGUACGUGAUCAGAGCCGUCCACGUCUUCCGGACUUAAUGGGGGGUGCCCCGGUCCUUAUCCCGCAAGGCUCACCCACUCACUGUGUUUGGAGAGCACCUGCUCCUGGCCAGCUGGGCUGACGUUCCCAAGGUGAGACGUGGGAUGGGAAGACCCCAAAGACUUGGCUGGGGUGUGGCGAGAGCCCCCCAGGCAUACCAGCCCUCCCUGUCCUACCACCAUGGUGCCUGCAGAGCUCAAACGCCCUCCUUUCCUGAACCGGAGACACGCUGCCUUCUUCUGAUCCGCCGGCGGCAGGGAGGAAAGGGACACUUGGGUUUCCCCCUCCUUUCCCCGUCUUCCAGGCAUCGAGAAAAGCUCUUCCCUCGUGGAACAAAUAAAACAAGGUGGUCUAAAGAGGAGGAAAGAGGCACUGCUAUCCCUUGUCCUGCUUUCCCCUUUGGGCUCAAAGGUGCGACGGACCUUUGCAACUGGCUUCUUUCUGGAAGUUGUUUGGUGGCUUGCUUUGAGACAUAGACAUACAAAAGCAGCCUCUCUUUUUUUAGCCAGGAUUCCUACAGAGGAAUGAAUCUCUUAAGAAAAAGAAGCCUAGAGCCAUAGCACUGGGUUGUCUCUUUGCAUAUGGGCCAAUUUUUUUGUUUUAGGGCCCUCCAAAAGAGCGGCAGGAGCCUUUGUGGCAUUGCCAGGAACAUUAAGACCGCUUUGCCUUGUGUUUUCAUGAGAAGCCGGAUCCUGUCUGCAGCUUGCAUUCAGUCCUGGUGCCAACCUGCAACUCCCAAAGGCUGCUGCCGCUGUGUGGUUUUACAACAGCGACACCUGAAUGUGUGUGAGUCACAUUUCAUGCCGUUGCUGCCCUGUUUCUGGUGACUCUCCGCUAGGAUUUCUCAUAAAGAGACGGAUGUGACUCCCUGGGGAACCUUUCUUUUCAGGAGGCCAAAGACUUGCUUGCUGUUGCUAAGUCUGUCAAAAGAGAAAACAGAGCUUGUUUUGCCUUAACAUGCCAAGGUUUUGGCAUCUCUGUGGCCCAGGUUGAAAGCCUGUUAGACGUCUGGCAGCCUUCCGGCUAAAUGCCAGGCAAGUGCCUACUGCUCUUGAGCCAUGAAUAAUACUUUAUUUUUUCGAGCCACCUUCUCUUGCGGCAAAACAGAUUCCUGUGAACUUUGGACUGGGCCAGAUGGUUUGCGGGCAGUUUCUCUGGAGGAGAUGUGAGUCAAAGGCCAUCUCCCUGGCAGUGACUGGUGCAGGUUGCUUUCAGAGGUGGCUUGCAAAGCAUUGCAGGGCGUCGCUCCUUUCAAAAAGCCCCUUCGAUGGCAUCCUCUCCUGGGGAUGGCGCAAAAAGCCUUAAGCCCGCAGGGGCUCUCACGUCAGAUGCUUUCUUCAGCCGUGUCUUUUAACUCUUAACUGGACUCGGUGGUGUUCUCCUGUUGCCCUAAAUGUCUUGCAUGGUUCAAGGAGGCCUUAACCUGCCUUAAACUCUUUUUAACCUGUGCUUUGUGUGAAAUGGGGGCAGCUCAGGUAGUAUCUAUGUUCAAGGGGAUGGGGAGCAGUGGGUUAGUAGAGGAUACCUUGCAGAGGUCCCACAAGGUAGUAAAGAGACAGGGGCUACCCUGGCUAUGGUUGAAAGCCCCCUCCCAAAGCUUUUUCAGCGAUGAAUGCUCCUUAAACUCAGUGUAUAGUAUGCAAACCCUGUUAAUAUAUCUAGAGAUCUAACCUGUGCCUUUGACACUUUGCACAUGCAUCAGUCCAAGAUUCGGCCCCUUAAGAAAGUGCAAACCAACCGCACUUCUCAGUGUUAUCCCUGGGCCACACUGAGUUGUUGCUCGUUGCAUGUACACCUCUGGUAACUUUGCCACCAGCCUGUCCUUUUGCGGAUGGCGCAAAGUGAUCCGGAGUGAUUCCGAACCAAAGAAGAUGAGAAUUGGCUGUGGCCCCAUUGCUUAGAAUCAAGAGAGGUUUUUAGGAUUGGAGGGCCAUAGAAUUGGAGGGGAUUGCAAGGGCAAACCUCACGUCUCCUCGAUUGUUAAUGAAAGGGCAUGCAGGACUGCCAAUCCACCCCAAUCCCCUCCACCACCACAAAAAAUUGCAGACUUCAUUGUAGUUCCUUCUCAAAGCCUUUUCAGCAACCCUCGUCCCUUUGUUUUGCAAAAUCCUCUUGCACUCCACUUGUGAAUAGCCCAGCGAACAAGGGCAUAUAAGGCCUGUCCCUUCCUUGCUUCUCAGGACUGCUGGGACUCACAGUCCAGCAUUUCCAGGUCAGAGGUGGGCAAUGGUGGGGCGUAUUAUUCAUCUGCGUCUUCCACAAUUGUAUUUUUAAAAUUGGUGGGGGUUGUGGGGAACAUUUUUACUAUGUUUUCAUGCUCUGAGGCCACUUUAUGCCCUUUUAAGGAUAGGAAGUAAUGCCCUGUUCUUCAAAACGGACUCUCCUGGGGCCUAAAAUGGCGCCCAAAAUAUGCCUGACACCUUCCAUGGAGCUUUUUUUUUUUUCAAUCCUGGGGGAUUAUUGAGCUACCUUGGAUCCACCUCUGGUUUUGGGGCACACCUGAGUCCCACACCUGGCAUCAUCAUCAUCAUCGCCAUCAGGAAACUGGUGCUUCCAGGAGCCCUUGCGGUCCCUUCUUGCGAUUCUGCGGUUCCAAAAUCCCAAGAUGUGAACCUGCGUCUGGUUUCGUAGUCAACCCUCCCUCCAGUCGCAAGGUUGCGCGCCCUCCACAGCGGCAAAAGACGUAAACCUACCUACAAGGUGAUGCUGGCUCAUGACUGAUAGGAAACGACGCGCCGCCGCUCUCAAGCUGCGGAAGAGGCAUUCCUCUCCCCACACUUCCAGAAAAGUCUUUUAUUUUUGGUUGAAUGUUUUAAUACAGCAGCGUACGCUUGUUUCGGUCGGCAAACGUAGCCGUGUCCGAGAGAACCGUCGAGGUUCGACGGGGCCUUGCUCCUAAAGGGAGCCCUGCUUUAUAAUUUUGUAAUAAAAUUGAAAUGCUUUCUUCGU